GCCGAGAGCCCGCUUCGCUGCGGGGUGACCUCUCCUCUUCUCGGCGAAGGUGUCUCCUCCGCGCCGGGUCCUCCUCUCGGAGUCCUCCGCCGGGUGCUCGCGCGAGCGGAUGGCCGCGAGUUGAUCGAGAAAGUUAGUCCGCGCGACGAUUGAACGACGACAGGAACGAACGAACGUGUUCUCGCUGAUCCGCCGCGACGUUGUUGGAUGAUCCUCCUGAUCCUCCUUCUGUUGCUCCUCGUUCGAGGAUCUCGCCGCUCCUCCGAGCUCCACCGGAGAGAUCCGCGGGAAGCGGCGAGUUCUGCGUGCGGCGCCGGCACACGUAACCAGAGAGUUUGCAAUCGAUCCGCCGAGACGUCCCCGGGGCUCGAGUUCAUUAAAGUUGAUUAAAGUUCGCGCUCGUCGGUGUCGGUGAAGACGAAUGGAGCACGUUUGUAUUUACCGUGCGGGACUCUGCUGGCACGAAGGGUGUAUGCGCACGUAGAGCUCGGUUGGUUGCAGCGAGUGGAAGCGAGGACGUCGCGUCUGAGUGACAAGAGUAGAGAGACUCGAGGCUUGAGACUUCAGAGGUGCGCGUGGACGCCACAAAGAAAUCUCCAAUCCCAGGUCUAAAGCGUGCUCGACGGAGUGUUUCGCACGGAGGAUUCGCCAUCCGAGAGAGAUAUCUCGAUUCAUCGCGCGCCGAAACACGCAGACGACCACGAAGAGCGCGAGGCAAGUGCUCCUCGGCGCAUUUGCCAGCGCGUGUCGGCGUGAGGAGCGCCUCGAGACUGUUGCAUUCCUUGCGCGAUCUGCUUCGAGAGGUACCUUUGAUGACUCUUUUCCACGUUGCCCGUCGGGAGUUACCUUAUUUCGCCACGAAGAGUGCCUAAGCGUUCGACUGUCAGAGUCGAUCGUGCGCGUGCGAGCGACUCGACUUUGCAAUUAAAAAACUCACAGUACGGAGGACGAUUGCCCCGCGUGUCCUUUGAGACGAGUCUGGAUCUCGAGAGGGAAAGGGAGUGACCGAUCGAUCGUCGUAAUAAGGGAGCUUUUGCGUAGAGGCGACGGACUUGAAGCACGCCCAUCGUGCCGGAAAAAGGACGCUCUCGCGGAGAAAAGUGGACGACGACCCUCGCAAACGGCCCUUCGACGUCCAUGAUCCUCUCGGGAGAGGGCAUCGAGGCGCGCGCGUAAGAAGCCUCGUGAGGGAGAGAGCGUCCUAGAGACAAACGAGCCCUUUUCGUCGGGGAGAAUCACGGCCGGGCGCCGCUCUUGGAUCCCUCUCGAUCGACCAUCGGGAGUACGCGCGGCAGCCAGCAGAUCCCGCAGGAUUAAUUCGGCAGCGUCGUUAGAUAGGGAUCGUUCCUAGGUAUUCCGGACCCGCUCGCCAUUCGUCGUCGACGUGGUGGUCCGUCGCUUGUAAUCGGCUGCUCGAUCGCGAGGAGUGCGAGACACUGUCCGCCCGUAACGAAGGACACAAUUAAUGGCCCGCCAAUUAAAUAUAAUUAACUCGACGGUUAGAACGCGGUGACCCCCGUCCGCCAAUUAGCGCAUUUGCACCUUGUCGAUCAUCACCGGCGCGGCGGCGCGCCGCCGAUCGAGACAAUAAAAUCAAUCGCAGGCGAACGAUCGACGAUCGCGAUCAACGAGAGGCUUGAAGCUGAAGAGAACGAAGCGAGGGACGGAGCGGAGAACGAAGAGAGGGAGUGAGCUCCGGAGCUCGAAGAGGAGUCGGAGAAUCGAGAUAACGCGUUAACGAGGGACGAUUAAGGGCCGCUCGAGAUCGAUAACGUGUCGUUGCCUUGGGAGGUGCUUGAGAAGGGCUCCUCCUCGGCAGCGCUUUUCCACGUGACCACCUCUCGAUAAAGCGGUCGAUCAGCUUCCUCAGGUCGAUUUUUCUAGCAAAGUACGUGAACCGAACGCGAAGGGAGGGAAAAGGGAGAUCUCGUUAAGAAUAUCCGAAGGGAUGCCAUGAGCGUAGUAGCUCUUCAACCUGCGCCGAUUAUCGUCCCGAAGAAUCCUCGCAGCAAGCUUCUCGAACGAUUCUCCGCGAUUCGCUCGACACGAUUUGUGUAAUCCUCGGACCGAUUUGUCUACCAGUCAUCAUCAUCAUCUCAUCCGCCGACUGCGGACGCGAGAGCUCGGAGCGGAAGAUGCGAUUCUUCGCGGUCUAGUCGAAGCUGGGAGACUUUGGCAAGUCGAAGCAGCGAGGGGAAAAACGUCGCGAGCGGCGGGAGGGACGGAGAAUGCCGGCAGGGUGCACGUGACGAACGGGGCUUCCCUCCAGAUUUGCACGCACGCUGAGGUGGAGGAUGGAGGAGCUGGAGACGCUGGAGAGCACGGAGUGCCCGGAGUGCCCCGGGCCGCCCCCUGAGUUCCGGUUGCCGCCGCCCCCCCGGCCGCCCUUCCUCACCGAGGGCACUUUCUGCUCGGAGUCACCUCUCGCCGAGCUCGAGGACUGCGUUGCUAUCCCGAUGAUCGACGCGUCUUAUCACACGAAUCCAUCGCUGAAAAGCACUGCCGUGAUCAUCAGUUGCGUGGUGGUCCUCCUGGUGAUGGCCGCGGUCGUGACCGUCGUCUUCUGGAAGCACAAGCGGAAAGUGCAGAAUCUGCUGCCGUGCAAGAGCGCGGCGGGCGCGGCGACGGUCGCCGGACGGGGCCGCAUGCUGCCUGACGGCCAGCCGCACCCGGGCCCCGGGGGUGGCGGCGGCGCCGGGGGCGCCGUUCUCUACGAGGAUCUACCGGAUCACGCGAUGUCGCAGCUGCACAACCACCUGCCAUCGAACCACAGCCAAGCUCCGACGAUCGAGAUGCUGGACGUGAAGGAGGGCGGGCGAGGGGUGUUCGUCUGCAGCAGCCCUGGUCCUGAUCCUUACACAUCGCAGGACCUCUAUAAUCCUGUCUAUGAGGAGCUCAGCAACGGGGACCAUCCGGAGACGGACGAGGAGAGCGAGCUGAACGCCCGCAACCGUCUGCACCACCAUCACUACCAUCACCGUCAUCAUCAUCGCGUGUCCAGCGCGUCGAAGCCGGCUAGCGAGGACGAGUUCGCCGAGGACGAGCUGUCGGUUGGCGAGUCGUCCGAGGCGAGGAUGCUGACCGCCAGCAGUGGUCCCACCUGGGGCACGUGCCCGGCCGGUGGCAAGCCACCGCGCGAACGACGGGGUCGCAGCCCCAGGAGUCUCGAUCGACGCAGGCGGGACAAGCACGACGUGGGCGAGUUCCACGAGGGUAUGCUGCUGAACACGCUGUUGCAGCUGUACCCCAGCGUCGCAGGCGUAGCCGGCGCCCGCACGAACACCAGCAGCAGCCAACGCCAACAGUCCGUCCCGUCGGUGGCGCACAGGCUACCGUACUUCGUGCCACCCUUGCCAGCCGCGCAGGCACCGCGGCUCGAGGAAAACCCUUACGAGAGCGUGCCGGUGCUGGGUCCGCUGCAUCGCUACUCCAGCCAGACCAGGAACGGCGGCAAGGAGCGCGCGCGCACCAACAAGUCCGCCGACAAGUACAGCAAGUACCUGUCGUCGCAGCAGCAGCAGCAGCAGCAGCAAUACACCGCCGGCGAUUACUACGGCCUGCAGUCCGGCCAGUCCGACGUGAUGACGCCGCUUUACACGCAAGUAGGGGGCGAAUACUCGGACACGUACUCGCAGCCGACCGAUCGGCUCUUCGGCGACGACAAGUACAGCCAGCCGGUUUAUUACGCGAACUCGACGCGGGACUCGGUCGACCAGGUGGCGAACACCGGCCGGCUGUACCAGGGCCAGCCAGACAGCAGCUUCGGCAGCGACAGCGGCUACAGCCACCACACGUCCGGCACCACCGGCACCACCGGCACUCGCGGCAGCAACUCGCGGACGAACCUGCGCAGGGACAAGCACCGGAACUCUCAUCACUCGCAUCACUCCGCGGACUACAUCGUGUCCUAAUGGAGGACCCUGCCGCGGCACGGUUUCUGCGAGGCUGUAUUCCUUGCGGAUCACCGUCGCCUGCGAGAAGCGAGGGAGACCGCGCGAGAGUCUCCCGUUUUCGUGAUCGGCGCGACGUUGGGACGACGAGAGCGGUUGUUCAGCGACGAGCGGAGAAGCGCGACUACGCGAGCGGAGAGCUGAGGCUGACGAUGCCGAUUCGGCUGUGCUGUAUCGCUGUAUUUUGAUACUUCGACGUCCACGGUGAAGAGUCAAUAAGGGUUCGUCGUCCCCUGUCGCUCCGGGGAGAGGUUCAGGGGGACCUGACGAUCGCCGGAGCGGCAGGCGAACCCGCGGCAGCGAGUGACGAUCCGAAACGAUCCUUGACGAGAGAGGAGAACGCAGUGAUCUCCUAGUGAUUUCUACACGUAGCCAAGACGCGCGAUACUAUUUAACAAAUUUAUUUGUAAUGAGACUCAGGCUGGUACCAAAGGACGCGUUAACGAUUUACUUUUACCUUUUUAGUCCGAUCAUUUGUAAUUUAUACGUAGAGAGUGAGAGAGGGAAGAAGAGCGUUAAUCGCGGAACGGGCCGACCUCGUCCUCGUCGUUACGUCGUCGCCCGCGAAUCGCGCGACUACCAAUCGCGAGGGGCUCGCUACGAAUCACCCUAAGCGUUCCCAUCGCUCCCUCCGAGCGAUCCACAGACAACUUUGCAAAUAGCCAAAACCGCGCAGAGCUCGAGAUCAGAACUGGCCGGUCCCGAAAUCUACAAGGUUGAUAUUUCAAGAAUAAGAUAGUGUUCAGUAAGGAUCACCAGAUCCUCCAAGAUUCACGAUGCGUCUCAAAAUUUAAAUGACGAUUAAAAUUAAGAAUCUGUGAGGGAACAAUCUCUCCACUUUCUUCAAUCUCUUUCUGUCGCAUUUUCGAAAUUCACAAAUUUCUGCCUACUGCCUCCAGAGCAAAGAUCGCGAGAUAGCAAUGCGGAUUGCGGCCUGGCCAGGUCUCGAUCGGAUGAUUCGCGGUCAGAUUAACCGAUCCACUGCCAGUCCUAUCCUAAACGGCCGGGCGCGUUCAAUCCGGCCGGCGAGUUUCGUACAAACUUUGAUACGACGAGAGAAUCUAAUUAGAUUGGUCGCGCAUCUGACGAUAUCGCGCGGAUCACGCCGCGUUUCUAGUCCGAUUAAAUAAUCGCACCUCGCACUGAGACGACGAAGCUUCAGGCGAGCCUCGUCGAGACGUGACGCGAGAUGUAGCUUACAAACGCACGCACGGUAGAGUAAACGCCACAAAGUAUUGGGUUGGCCAAAAAGUAAUUGCGUUCUUUUUUAUAUAAAUAAAAGGCGAAUUUUUCAUGGGAAACAAAAACUU